AUGGACCCCAACCAGCUUCCGCUUCCUCAGGCCAGUGGCACACGUCGCAAGAGAAAAGCCGAACCGCACAGAGACAAUGAGCGCCUUUCAAAGAGGCUGAGUCUCUUGAAUCUAGAGCGCGACGGCACCAAGAUCUACGUCCCCGUCGAGAGCCCACUAUCACGGCCUUCGAAACCUCCGCCGACAGCCGACGACGCCAACGAAGCUAUGCGUCUAGACGACACCAAACACAAGGUCUACAUAUACAACAUUGACGAAGAGCUCGCCGAGGACAGCGAGCCCGACGAGGCCAAGCUCGUCUUCCUUCCCGACAUUGAGAAGCGCCUGCGGGAGUCGCGCAUCCCGCCGCACGUCCUGGCCAACAGUGACGGCGAGCUCGCGGGCAUGCAGCUCGUGCUCUACAGCGACCCUGCGUCACUGUCGGUGCCCGAGGAAAAGGACGGCGUGCGCAAGGCCAUUCUCGAUGCCCGCCGACGGCAUCGCGCGCGCCAAGCUGGCGACGACGCCGAACAAGCAGAAAACCCCGCCGUCGGCGCCGGCACUAAGAACAACCAAACAACAGGUCAAGAUGCAUCGGAUGAUAUAGAAAUGGAUAUUGAUUAA